UUGUUUGGAGGCGGACGUGCUAGAAAUCCCGUCAGCCCCCGCGCGGCGGCUCUGCGCAGCCAAUCGCCGGCGCACAGGUCGCCCAGAGCCGCGGGGUGGAGGGAGGCGAGAAGAUGGCGGCGAAGGGCGGCAAGAACGGGCUGCUGGAGAAGUGGAGGAUUGAUGACAACAAACCAGUAAAAAUUGACAAGUGGGAUGGAUCAGCUGUGAAAAAUUCUUUGGAUGAUUCUGCCAAAAAGGUUCUCCUGGAAAAGUACAAGUAUGUGGAGAAUUUCUGUUUGAUUGAUGGCCGCCUCAUCAUCUGCACGGUCUCCUGUCUCUUUGCCGUCGUGGCUUUGAUUUGGGAUUAUCUGCAUCCCUUUCCUGAAUCUAAACCUGUUCUCGCUUUCUGCGUGGUAUCUUAUUUUGUGAUGAUGGGAAUCCUGACCAUCUAUACCUCAUACAAGGAGAAGAGCAUUUUCCUGGUAGCACAUCGAAAAGAUCCUGCAGGGAUGGACCCUGAUGACAUCUGGCAACUUUCCUCCAGUCUAAAAAGGUUUGAUGACAAAUACACCCUGAAAUUGACUUUCAUCAGUGGGAAAACCAAACAGCUGAGAGAAGCAGAGUUCACCAAAUCUAUCACUAAAUUCUUUGAUAACAAUGGAACAUUAGUCAUGGAGGCCUACGAACCGGAAAUCUCCAAGCUUCAUGACAGUUUGGCUACGGAAAGAAAAACAAAAUAACGAUUCCAAUGGCCAUCUUCCUGCGUGGAUCAUGCUAAAUUAAUACCAAUAAAUAAAGUGAAAUAGCAAAGAAUGUUAUUUGCCUCUGUUUUUGUCCUGAAAUCCUAUUUAAUUCUGGAUAAAGCAGGAUUUUUAAACUUGGAUCUGAAAUCUUGAAGCUAAUGCAGUCGGAUUAAAGCUAUAGACGGUCUUGAUCUGAGUGGUUGCAGUGUUUAACCUGCCUUUCAGGUUGCUCUGUCACUUUUGAGAUGAUGUUGGAUGACAUUUAACCUAUCAAAGACCUUUAGGAGGGAGGUUUUUGCUCAGUGCUGUAUUGACUUCCUCCUUUUUACCUUAGUGCUUUAUAGUAUGUAGAUCUGUGCCAUGCAGUGUUUGGGGGAUUUUAGCAUUCACAUUUUGCUGACUUCAUUUUAUCCUUUUCUUAGUGAACCUUUAUGCUAGGAAUUCAGGACAAAACCUUUAUGUAAAACAACUCUGUCCAUUCACAAACAAGUGUUUUCUUUAUUUUUAUAUUUAUCUGAUUUGGGAGUGGGUGGGAUCAAUUUUAUAUCAAAUCCUUUUAUCUGUUGGAAGGGAAAAAUAACGAGACUGCAAAUAUGCUACUUCUGUAUGUUAGAGCACGAAAUUGAUUGACAAGGUGAAAAAAUAAAAGCAAUGGCAUUUUUAGAACUGUAAAUGUCCUUCAUGUUUGUCCAAAUGGCAUAUUUCGUAUUGAGAUUCUGUUCAGUUGUGUUCCUGAUAUAAACUGUCAUUUUUCUAAAUGAUUUUUUUUUUCAAUAAAAGGAAAGAACAGAUGUGAAAA